AUGCUAAUGGAUUCUGAUAACACUCCAGCGUUUUGCAAGCUUUUACAAUUUGGAGAAGUUUUUAUAAGUAAAAUGCAAAUGCCUUCUUGUUUCAUCAAAGAAAACAAGAAAAUGUUGACGAAGGCUUGUUUACUGAAAACAGAUGAAGCUGGAAUGUUGUGGGAAGCAAAGAUUGUGAGAGAAAAGUCGAAUAAUUACUUCAUAUGUAAAGGAGAGUGGCCACAGUUUGUGGUGCAUCAUCAGCUAAAGCAAGGCGAUGUUUUGCUGUUUUUUCUUGUUGAAAAAUCAGUGUUCCAUGUGCAUCCUUACACACGUAAAUGCCGUAGAAACAUUCGUGAUGAGAAGAAAAAACUAUUUUAUCAGCAACUCAGCAGUACUAGUAGUGGUAGCAGCAACAGCAGCUCUGAAGAGGAGGAAAUUGGACCUGAUAGAAAAGUGGAUAGUACUGAGGAAGAAAGUGUUGAUGAAGAUGAUCCUCCUUGCAACAAAAAUCCUAAGCUGGAGAAUUUGUCAGACGACGACGGUGGAAAUGGUUCAAAGAAGUUUGGAGGAGGCAGUAGUAUGAUGAACUUCAAAACUGACCAUCCGUACUAUGAAAUGGUUGUAAAAAGGUCGCACAAGACUUUUAUGACUAUUCCAAAGAGAUUUGCGAAAAGGACGGGCAUCUUUAGCAUGAAGAAGAUGAAAGUGGUUAAUGAAGAAGAGAAAGGAUACUGGAGAGUGGAAAUAGUAGAUAUGAGCGGGACUAUCCGCAUAACAAAAGGAUGGGCUGCCUUUCGAACAUAUAACAAGAUAGUUUGUGGUGACAGUUGCCGCUUCAAGUUGAUUAAGCCAAAUAUUUUACAGGUUCAAAAGGUUCCUAAACAUGCAUCCUUGAAAUCUUAUCAUUAAAAAAAGUUGCAAU